UCCGCCCUCCCUGAAGGCACUGUGCGGCGGCGCAGCUUGCAAACCCCGGCGGCGAGUAGGGAUGGCUGCUGUAGUGGCGACUGCUGGCUGGCUGUUGCGGCUCCGUGCUGCCAGGGCCGGGGGACAUUGGCGUCGGCUGCGUGGUGCGGGGCUGCUGCGGGGCUUCCUGCAGCCCACCUCUGCCGGCAGGGAUGCGGCCCAGAGGCGGCAGGUGGCUCACUUCACUUUCCAGCCUGACCCGGAGCCCAUGGAGUACGGGCAAACUCAGAAAAUGAAUCUCUUCCAAGCAGUAACAAGUGCCUUGGAUAACUCACUGGCCAAAGAUCCUACUGCAGUAAUAUUUGGUGAAGAUGUCGCCUUUGGUGGAGUCUUUAGAUGUACUGUUGGCUUGCGAGACAAAUAUGGAAAAGAUAGAGUUUUUAAUACCCCAUUGUGUGAACAAGGAAUUGUUGGAUUUGGGAUUGGAAUUGCAGUCACUGGUGCUACCGCCAUUGCAGAAAUUCAGUUUGCAGAUUAUAUUUAUCCUGCUUUUGAUCAGAUUGUUAAUGAAGCCGCCAAGUAUCGCUAUCGCUCUGGGGAUCUUUUUAACUGUGGAAGCCUCACCAUCCGGUCCCCUUGGGGCUGUGUCGGCCAUGGGGCGCUCUAUCAUUCGCAGAGUCCUGAAGCCUUUUUUGCCCACUGCCCAGGAAUCAAGGUGGUUGUACCCAGAAGCCCUUUCCAGGCCAAAGGACUUCUUUUGUCAUGCAUAGAGGAUAAAAAUCCUUGUAUAUUUUUUGAACCUAAAAUACUUUACAGGGCAGCAGUGGAACAGGUUCCUGUAGAACCAUACAACAUCCCCCUGUCCCAGGCUGAGGUCAUACAGGAAGGGAGUGACGUUACUCUGGUUGCCUGGGGUACUCAGGUUCACGUGAUCCGAGAAGUGGCUUCCAUGGCUAAUGAAAAGCUUGGAGUGUCUUGUGAAGUCAUUGAUCUGAGGACUAUACUACCUUGGGAUGUGGAUACAGUUUGCAAGUCUGUGAUCAAAACAGGGCGACUGCUAAUCAGUCAUGAGGCUCCUUUGACUGGUGGCUUUGCAUCGGAGAUCAGCUCUACGGUUCAGGAAGAAUGCUUUCUGAACCUGGAGGCUCCUAUAUCAAGAGUAUGUGGGUAUGAUACACCGUUUCCUCACAUUUUUGAGCCAUUCUACAUCCCAGACAAGUGGAAAUGCUAUGAUGCCCUUCGAAAAAUGAUCAACUAUUGACCACAUAGGUGACAUCAGUGAGGUGCUCAUGCCUGGGGUGUGCGCAGAGUCUCUGUAGAUGCUCCAGUUCAGCACUCAUCCUGUUGCCCUGAUCUGCACCACCUGUUUCUACCCAAUGUCCAUCCCACUCUCCAGGGGAUUAUAUCCUCCCUCAUUCGCCCUUCUCUCCACCACCCUGGAAGUCUCCCCUAUCUUGAAAAUUAUAAAACACAAAAACAAAAAUAGUUCAAUUUGAAAUGACUCUUUAAAAAAAUUCAAAGAACCAUUGUGCCAAUCCGUGAAUUGUAGUCAAAAGAUUCUUAUUUAUAAAGUCAAAUAAAUAUUAUACUUUCUUUGUUCAUAAA